AGAAAUCAGUGGUGACCCUCCCAGCCGGAUGUGACUGCCAUCGUCGCCACUUCCCAAGUUGCUGACUGCCGCACAUCGAUCGGUCGGUGACGGUGGCCAUUCCAAGUAGCGUUGCUAGUCUCCCAGGUCCCCCCAGCAUCGAACCACCCCCUCGCGCUCCAUGGACUUGCAUUGCAGCGAAGACCAUUCCACGUCCACAACUUUAGCGACCGCCGCCGUUGACGCCGCCGUGACGCUUGACACGGACGAAAUCAUUGAGAUCCUCCUCAGGGUGGUCGAAAAUGAAUCCGCGUACCCGCGCCCGAUCGAUUACCUCGCGACGGUGCAAACCCAUGGCAUGGAUGCGUUGUGGCGCCGCCGUGUGUGCGACUGGAUGGUCAACACCCGCAGGAUCUUUGACCUCAGCGCCGACACGGUGGCGUGCGCUGUGCACUUAAUGGAUCGAUAUUUAUGUGUGCUGUCUGUGGACAAGAUUGUGUUGCAACUGGUGUCUGUUAUUUGUUUGUCGAUUGCAUCCAAAGUCCACGAGAACCGACCGAUCACGAUGGAAGAAAUCGACUUGUUGUGCCAAGGCAAGUACCCGCGCCAAGAAAUGAUCAAGAUGGAAAUGCGCAUCUUGGACGUUGCCGCAUGGAAGUUGAAUCCUCCGACUGCCGUGGGCAUUGCACGCGACUUGCUUGCGCUCGAGUUGUCGUCUUCGCUGGGUGUUUGCUUGACAGAGAUCGAGACGAUGGUAACCCACCUGCUGGAUGCGUGCUUGAGCGAAUACGUCUUGGUGUCCGCGCUGGAGUCGGUUAAGGCAUUGGCGGCACUGGAAGCGGUGUACCUGACGCAGCUUCACAUCGCGUCGCCAGUCGUGCAGUAUGCGUUGGACGAAUUGCGUUUCCCCAUGGACCUCUUCGACGAAUGCGUCCAAGUCAUGGUCGCGGUAUCCCAGAAGCUGUUUUUCCCCAACGAAUCGCCGUUGGAAGCCGCGUCGGGCAAGCGCCAUGCCCCUACACAGCGCUCACCGACCCCAACUGGGGUGGACACCCCGCCCCAUCUCCUGGCAGCGCAGUCCCCCAUCAGCCACGUCCACAAGAAGGCCCGUCAUAGCUAAGUCCAAGGGGUCGUCGACUCGUACCACAGGGGCGACUUUAUUUUAUUUUCCGAAUAGGAACUCGUGCUUAUUUAUUC